CUCGGAUACAGUUCAAUAUGUCUCGUGUCAACAACGAGGCACCAGCAGUACCCAGCCACGAUGGAUUAGAUCCACGUUCCAUAGUGAACUUCUUCAAUCAGCUCAGGGCGAUUUCUUCCGAGGCGGGGCUCCGCUCAAUCACGACAGUCCAUGGAGAGAAUGCCAAGUUAUAUGACCAGCUCAAGGGCAAGGAUGAGGAGAUUUCCAAGCUGAAAAAGGAGAUGAGGACACAGGAUGAGAGGAAGUGGACAGCCAUGGAGGAGAUGUUCUCGGCCAAUGAGAGAGAAAAGGAUCUACACAAGGCAACGCAGAAGCAGUUGCAAGCACUGGAAAAAACCCAGGCAGAUAAGGACAAGGUGAUCUAUGAGAGGAAUGGAAAGAUCAAGGCUCUCGAGAAGGAAUUACAGCAGCUGCAAUCGGAUUAUGCGAAAGAGUCAUCCGACCUCAAGAAAGCAAACACAGAAAUCAACACAUUGCAUCAGACGAUCAAAGAGAGAGAUACGACAGUGGAGAAGAUGAAAACGGCUGGCUCCGAUCUGAAGGAAAAGCUUUCUGCUGCGAAGAAAAGGGCCAAGGAGCUGGAAGAAGGAACGGCGUCGGCCCAGCAGGCGCUGGAAAAGGUCCAGGCGCGUUUGACCCGAGUCGAAGGGUUUGCGGGCGAGCUCAUCGAGCAUGACGAAGAAACCCUGAUCGAUGGCUUCGUCGGGCUAUGGGACUUUGCGAAAGAUGAAUUAUCUUCCCAUUUCAGUGUAGAUCUUCCCCAGGACUCAUUACAGCAAACCAAUGCGUCAUGGAACAGACUCAGGAAAUGCGAUCUCGCCCUAGAGCAUCACAUCCCUCUGCCCUGCUCCAACACACAAGCGGCAAAACGCAUGCGUCUGGCAAUGGUUCUGGCCCUCCUGGCCCGAGAGAUCGAUAGAAAUAUUUUCCAGCCGACGGAGAUGGUCUCUGGAAACUCGCAGAUCCGGAAAUGCCUGGUCGAUCUUGCUACGGUAGACGGGGAAAAAGAAUCCUUCUAUCGGGCCAUCUCCCAUUCCAUUGACCCACCAGCUCAGAUGGGGAUGAGAGAGGCAAAUGUGUCGAAUGCUGUCAACUCGGUGGCCGCAUACAUGGAUGGGCUGUUUACAGACGAACUGCGAACCAAAUUCCGUCAGAGCCUGGAGAAGAUUGUGCGACAGGCCGUACAGGUUUGGCAACCGAUUCAACGGGGCCGGCGCAAGUACGAGUCGGAUUUCGAACGACCGUUGACGGAGGAAGACGAAUGGUACCCACUGGUGUUUUCUGGAACAGGCCCCAAGGACCCGAAAAAGGGAAGACUCGAUAAAAAGGCACUUAUCGUGUUUCCCCGAAUCUGGAUGGUCGAAAACGGCGUGAUGGCUACAUUUACGGUGGUCACUCAGCUGGAAAAAAGCCAGCCGGACUUCCAAUCUGCAGCAGUCGAGAUGGAACAGAUGGAGGAGCGCCUGCGCUCGGGCACUGGACGAGUCGUCUCGAGAAACCGGAGAGCGAACAGCCAUAUGACAACCAAUCAAUCCAAUGGGGGACGCUCGAAAGAAAGAAAAUGAAGCCGACUGUUCCGCUGUGGGCGCUUGAAGACUAGAUGAUCUUGAAGGCUCGAGGCGGACAUUUUGAUUACUCGCGUGCAAUGAAUUAUACAUAGACUGACUCCAUAGAAAAUUCCUUACUAGCUAGGCAGGUUAAUCUAGAAUGAUGAUCAUGAACUCUUCAAGACUG